AAGAGUUUAUUUAUCCUGCAGGCUGCGAAACUUUGGUUGGAAAGUCGACUCUUCGGAUCGGUUUUUUGGAAAAGUCUUCAGCUUGGUCUGUUCAGCCAAAUGAAGCUUUGACCUUAAAUGGUAAAAGAUCCCAGUUGUGAUUGAGAGGCCGGACUUGGGGGGAGAAGUGGCUUUUUUGGUUUGGUAAUCGGCAUCGCUAAGAAUAAACUGCAAUUUCAGGCACCAGCCGGGGACCAGAGAGGAUCUCAUGUAAUCCCCCCGGAUGAAAGAUGCGGGCGGGAGACUUUGCCGGAUCCUUCAGUGUUGAUGCUCCAGGGAUAGAGAGGUACGGAUCGGGUAUCUGCAACGUUCGGGAAGCCUGGAGGAUCUCAAUGGGCCAUAAAACAGCGCGUAGCAGAUGAGUAUCCUGGAACGUUUCUCGUGUUCAUCUAGCUGGACGGGGUCAGAGUUCAGUCUGGAACCGGGGCCCUUCCACCCUGCCCUUCAGGAUGCCCACCGUCCCCGGAAACCAAGAACUGGCGGCAGAGGGCCAGCACCCUCCCACCCCUACACCAGCAAGGGAGCUAGAGAUGGGGGGAAGAGCCUGUAUCCCUCCAGCUAUAAUUCUCCCCGAACCCGAUUUCUAUGAGGGAAACUGCCUGGAAAAAAACCCACCACACAGUCCCUCCUUCAGGUCCGGCCGCCAGUCCCGCUCAUCUUCCUCCUCUACAGGUUCCCUGAUCUCCGUUGACAACAAAGGGCACGUGAUUGACCUCGUACACGACAGUUUACCCGAUAUCAGGAUAACCGAGGAGGACAAAAAGAAGAACUUGGAGAUACUGGAGGAGGCCAAGAAAGUUAGCGAGAAAUUCUUGACACGGCGAGGGAGGCGAUCGCGAUGCAGCCUCUCCGACUCUCCUACAGCAGCUUCUUCUCCAUCCCUGAGCCCCAAAGUGUCACCCGUCUCAUCGCGGAGUAAUUCUUUCACCUUCCCUCCAGUUCCAGGACCUGAUCCCUAUAACAACGUGUUCCCUUCAGCCGCAGCCAUAAUGCAGAAUGCCACGAAAGGAUUUCAGCAAGAGUCGAGGAAGAUCUCGCAGGGCAGACUGACCCCUCGCCCCCAUACCUUAGCAGCCUCUAAGGAGACCCUGUCCGAACAGAAGGAAAACUUUGACCCCCUUAAACAUGUGACGAUUCCCCCAUACAAAGCUGGACCUUCGGACGUUAGUAAGCCUUCACCCUGCAAACCCCUGAACAGCCCCGAUCGUGACUCUGCCAAGCCUAUCCUUAAGAAACCCAAAGACAACGAUCCACCCCCAGGGAGCCAAGCACAGCCUCCAGGGGUCUCCGGUGGGGCGUUCCUGGUUCCAGGGUCAAACACGGUUCCAGCAGAUUCCCGACUAGAGCAUGCGUCAGCUGGGUCCCGACCUCCGCUCUUGAGGGCCCUCUCUUGGGACAGCUUGGAUCCGGAGCAGAAAAAGAAAUCCAGUUUGGAUUUACCGGACAAAGAAACGUUUUUCCACGAUAAAAGCAACAACAAACUGUCCAAAUUUACGGGGCUCAAAGAUUUUCACAUCCAACCCGUCCGACUGCAGAAACUGACCAAGCUGAGAGAGGAGCACAAGAUGAUGAGAAGUCAGAACCUCUUAUGCCAGAAGCUUCCGGAACUCAGCGAGGCAGCUGAGCAGGAAAGAGGGUCUUCGCCGGUCCAUGAGAAUGGAGAGGAGGAUGGAGAAGAGGUGAAGGAAAAAUCGGACGUCAUGCCGCAUAUUCCUGAUAUCUUAUUACGCAAAUUGCGCAUUCACAAGAGUCUCCCAACCAGUGCUCCGCCACUGACUGAGAAGGAAGUUGAGAACGUGUUUGUCCAGCUCUCUCUGGCCUUUCGGAAUGACAGUUACACUCUGGAGUCCCGGCUGAAUCAAGCUGAAAGGGAACGCAACCUGACCGAGGACAACAACGAGAAGGAGAUAGAGACCUUCAGAACAGCCGUCAUGUCUUCAGUGUCGAUCUGGCAGAACAGUGAACACCGUGAAGCCUUUCAGAAGCUGCUAGAAGACAUCGCCGUCCUUCACCGCCUCACCACUAGGCUCUCUAGCCGGGCCGAGAUGGUUGGCGCUGUGCGACAGGAAAAGCGUAUGUCCAAAGCCACGGAGGUGAUGAUGCAGUAUGUCGAGAAUUUGAAGAGGACCUAUGAGAAGGACCACGCAGAGUUAAUGGAAUAUAAAAAACUGGCCAAUCAGAAUUCCAGUCGGAAUUACAGCGGAAGUGACGAUGGUGUUCCACGUUCUUCUCGUUCGAUGUCGCUGACUAUUGGCAAGAAUAUGCCGCGAAGACGAGUGAGUGUCGCCGUAGUUCCGAAAUUUAACUUGCUGAACAUCCCUGGACAGUCCCCGAACUCCUCCCCGAUCUCCGCACUGUCUUCUCUAGCAGAAUCACCCAACAGCAGGAACAGUCUACCCACCACCCCAACACUUUCCCCCCUAUCAGAAAAUGUAAAGUCCGGCGUGGAGAUGGAGGGAUCUGAGGUCCGGACGCCAUCGCUGAUUGUGAACUCUCCUGAGGAGCUCAGCGCUGAGAUAAAGGCAAAGAUUGAAGAAGAUGCUUACAACAAAGGGUUUCAAGAAGGUCUGAAGAAGGUUCAGGGUCUUCAGGAAUUUAAGGAGGAGGAAGAGGAGAAGGUGACUGAAAGUCCAACGGAGUAUGAGGAGGAAGAGAAGGAAGAAUUCACCAAGCUGAAGAGCAGUAAAAUCGAGGAGUGCCUUGACUACAUCCACAUGCUGUACCCCAAGCUACUGAACCACUGGAGCGCCCUCUCCAUCGUAGCGGCCGCCAUCGUAUUUCUGGCUGUCCUGCUGAGCGUUUACAACGCUGUUUCAACUUGCACUGAACCGCCAGACGGAGGAGGACACAACAAAGCCACGUGUUCCUUGUCCCAGAAAUACUCCUGGUGGACCUCGGGAUCUCCACACAAGCAACGUAGACAAUAGAGGGGUCUUGGUGACGGUGGUACACAUUGGUCCUGUCUAUCGCAGGGCUGGCACAUAACCGUGGAACCGUGAGGCUAUACAAGUGGCUUAAUGGGGGGAAAAAUACUAUGUUGACGUUUUUGGACAAUUUUCCGGACACAAGUGAGAAAAGUUUGACGAUUCUCCAAAACUUUUGGAUUUGGGUCCACUGGAUGGUAUUGUGUUUUCAUUACAUGGGCAUUGAAUAGAGGUGAGCCUGUAGGGUCUUGGUCCUGUAACACAGGGGGUCUCCCCAAGUAUAGUGAUACCGAAUGCAGUACAUUGGGACAUGUGUACUGUUUCUUACUUUUCUGGGGAGCCUUGAUACCCUUUUGUGAAUGUACUUUGGGAAUCAUUAAGCAGAUUUUUUUAAGUUCCUAUAGGAAAAGCAAAGAUGAAAAUAAUAUGUAUGGAUAUGGAAUAAAGGGGCUAUUGUUGGCUAUAAUAAAGUGGUUUUAUUAGCCAUAAUGAAUGAAUAUGUGGAAGUUUCUGGAACCGAAGUUUCAAGAUCUGGCCCACGGGGCCAUAGAUUGGAGACCCCGCCCAUAAAAUAUAGCUUUUAAACCCCCUAUAGUCUAAAAUGGCAGAUAGCAUACACUAUAUAUUACCAAAGGUAUUGGGACACCUGCCUUUUACACGCACAUGGGGCCGGAUUCA